AUGGCAUCAUCAUCCGAUGACCUGAAGACUGGUGAGGCUGGAAAGAAGAAGCUUAUCAUCAACGCCUUUGUCGAAACCUGCAGCGGGCACCAGUCGCCAGGUCUAUGGAGGCACCCACGAGACCGGUCCUGGGACUUCAACAACGUCAAACACUGGGUCGAACUAGCGAAGCUGCUGGAGAAAGGCCACUUUCAUGGCAUGUUCAUAGCCGAUGUCCUCGGGGCCUACGAUGUCUACAAGGGCCCUCAGAAUCCCGAUCCUGCUGUGAUCUCGGGUGCGCAAUGGCCUGUCAACGAGCCUCUUGCUGCGGUCUCGGCGAUGGCGGCUGCCACCACGAACCUGGGAUUCGGCGUCACUGUUGCGACUACCUAUGAGCAGCCUUAUCAUCUCGCUCGACGCCUCAGCACUCUCGACCACCUGACUGGAGGUCGACUUGGGUGGAAUGUUGUCACAGGCUAUCUGGACUCCGCAGCGAGGAACCUGGGUUGUACGGAACAAUUAGCCCAUGAUGAGCGAUAUGCGAUGGCAGAGGAGUACAUGGAGGUGAUGUACAAGCUCUGGCAAUCCUCCUGGCGCCAGGAUGCCGUCAAGCUGGACCGUGAGAAAGGAAUAUACACGGAUCCCAAACUCGUUCGCAAGAUUAACCAUGUUGGCAAAUACUACACUGUUCCAGGCCCACAUAUAUGCCAGCCAUCCCCCCAACGAACACCAGUCAUCAUGCAGGCCGGGACUUCAAAGGCAGGCAAAGCCUUCGCCGCCCGUCAUGCAGAGGCUAUCUUCGUCGCAGGCCAUAGUCCAAGCGUCGUGGCUAAGAAUGUUGCUGAGAUCCGAAGCAUGGCGCGGGAUGAGUUCGGCCGGGACCCCACAACCAUCAAGUUCUUGGCCCUGUUGUGUCCUAUCAUCGCAGACACCCAUGAGAAAGCAGUAGCCAAGUAUGAAGAGUUUGUGAGCUACGGAUCCGAAGAUGGCGCGUUGGCUCUUUUCGGUGGCUGGACAGGCAUCGAUCUCAACACUUACGGAGACGAUGAGGAGCUGCGCCAUGUCGAGUCAAAUGCCAUCCGGUCUGCAGUCGAGGCGUGGUCCAAGUCUGCACCUGGCAUUCCAAAGUGGACAAAACACACCGUCGCGAAUCACAUCAAGGUUGGCGGUCUGGGAGCCACCGUGGCUGGCACGCCCGAGGAAGUUGCGGAUGAGAUGGAGAGGUGGGUUAAGGAGGCCGACGUGGACGGAUUUAAUCUGGCAUACGCUCUCAUGAAUGAGUCGUUUGUGGACAUCAUCGAACAUCUCUUGCCAGUCCUGAGAAGCCGCGGGCUGUUCUGGGAUGGGUAUGCCGUUGACGGUGGCUCAUAUCGCGAGAAUCUCUACGGCAAGCAGGGCACUGCACUGCCUCCGAGCGAUCAUAUUGCUGCUACCUACCACUGGAAGGCAGAGGAUUGA